AGCUUUUAGCUGCCAGCCCUGGCCCAUCAUGUAGCUGCAGCACAGCCUUCCCUAACGUUGCAACUGGGGGAAAAAUCACUUUCCAGUCUGUUUUGCAAGGUGUGCAUUUCCAUCUUGAUCCCCUGAAAGUCCAUCUGCUGCAUCGGUCAAGAGAAACUCCACUUGCAUGAAGAUUGCACGCCUGCAGCUUGCAUCUUUGUUGCAAAACUAGCUACAGAAGAGAAGCAAGGCAAAGUCUUUUGUGCUCCCCUCCCCCAUCAAAGGAAAGGGGAAAAUGUCUCAGCCGAAAGGCAAGAAGCGAAACCCUGGCCUUAAAAUUCCAAAAGAAGCAUUUGAACAACCUCAGACCAGUUCCACGCCACCUCGAGAUUUAGACUCCAAAGCUUGCAUUUCUAUUGGAAACCAGAACUUUGAGGUGAAGGCGGAUGACAUGGAGCCUAUAAUGGAACUGGGACGAGGUGCGUACGGGGUGGUGGAGAAGAUGCGACACGUGCCCAGCGGGCAGAUCAUGGCAGUGAAGCGUAUCCGGGCCACAGUAAAUAGCCAGGAACAGAAAAGGCUACUGAUGGAUUUGGAUGUUUCCAUGAGGACAGUGGACUGUCCUUUCACGGUCACCUUUUACGGCGCACUCUUCCGGGAGGGUGACGUCUGGAUCUGCAUGGAGCUCAUGGAUACGUCGCUAGAUAAAUUCUACAAGCAAGUGAUUGAUAAAGGCCAAACAAUUCCAGAAGACAUCUUAGGAAAAAUAGCAGUUUCUAUUGUAAAAGCAUUAGAACAUUUACACAGUAAGCUGUCUGUCAUUCAUCGAGACGUCAAGCCUUCCAACGUGCUGAUCAACGCUCUGGGCCAAGUGAAGAUGUGCGACUUCGGCAUCAGCGGCUAUCUUGUAGACUCGGUUGCUAAGACCAUCGAUGCAGGAUGCAAACCGUACAUGGCCCCUGAAAGAAUAAACCCAGAGCUCAACCAGAAGGGAUACAGCGUGAAGUCUGACAUUUGGAGUCUGGGCAUCACAAUGAUCGAGCUGGCCAUCCUCCGGUUUCCCUACGAUUCCUGGGGAACUCCUUUUCAGCAGCUCAAACAGGUGGUGGAGGAGCCGUCGCCGCAGCUCCCAGCAGACAAGUUCUCGGAAGAGUUUGUCGACUUUACCUCGCAGUGCUUGAAGAAGAAUUCCAAAGAACGGCCAACAUAUCCCGAGCUUAUGCAACAUCCAUUUUUCACCCUACAUGAAUCCAAAGCAACAGACGUGGCAUCUUUUGUAAAACUGAUUAUUGGAGACUAAAUACAAUGGACUCGAUCGGUUGACCCUCCUGUGGAUUGGAUUUGAGACUUCAAGAGGUCAUACUUACCUCAGAAGCAGACGGCAGACAGAGUUCUUAAAAUCUUUCAACUCAUCCACCUCAUCCUUGGCCAUUUUUGAAGAAAGUAAGAAAGAACGGUGUAGGGUCAAAAUACUUGUUCUCCAUGGACUUGGGGUCAAAAUACUUGUUCUGAGGGGACUGGGAGCUCCAGGCCCUCAUGGUGACAGGGACCUCGGCCUACCCUUUGAAUACCAUCUCUGGACUUGAAGAGAUGGGGCUGCUUUGCCUUAAUCCUUUCUUUAAUCAUCAGUACAUUUCUGUUUUAAGGGGUCGAUGCAAAUUGCCUUUUUUCUGAUGUGAUGAUCUUGGGUUGCCAGCCCGGGUUGAAUUUCUGGGCCCUAGAGCCUCUAGUGAAAACUCUGUCUCCCCUGCGGGACCACAACAGCUGUAUAGCUGGCUUCGCCUUCUGUCUGCACGGCCCGUCAGUACACCUUCCUUUCUGCGCAGACACAGAUACAUUGUCUGCCAGGCACCCACGCUGUCUCCGUGUUCUUCAGACUGCAUCAUCAAGCAAACAGAAAUCACACUUCGAAGGACACUCGGAAGCCCCUGGGGAAAGCAUGUUUAAGUAUUCGAUCUGAAAACUUACCUAAAAGGUGUUUCUCGUCAUCUAGGGAAAUAAAAUCUGAAUUCCAGAGCCUUGAAAAUGAAAUUAUUCUCUGGGGGAUGCCCA